UUCCUCUCGUGACGAAAUGGUCGAAUUCCUCCCACCAAUGAUUGCUUCAUUACCACGUGAUCUGGAAUAACCGGACGAUCUUGGAGCCAAGAUGGUGGACCGAUUAGCCAAUACAGAGGCCAACGAGAGAAGAAUAACAAAUGUGGAAAGCUGUUUCGGCGCAUCUGGGCAACCAUUGCUGGUCCAUGGAAGAGUUCUAGUUGGUGAAGGUGUAUUGACUAAACUGUGCCGAAAGAAGCCUAAACCACGUCAGUUUUUUCUGUUUAAUGACAUUCUUGUUUAUGGAAAUAUUGUCAUCAACAAGAAGAAGUACAAUAAGCAGCAUAUAAUCCCACUGGAAGAUAUCAAACUACAAUCCUUGGAUGAUGAAGGAAAUUUAAAGAAUGGUUGGCAAAUCAUUAGUGCAAAGAAGUCAUUUGCAGUGUAUGCUGCCACAAGGACUGAAAAAGCUGAAUGGAUGGCACACAUCAACAAGUGUAUUGAGGACUUGGUGGCAAAAACCGGAAAGAAAGGCACCACUGAACAUGCUGCUGUCUGGGUUCCAGACAGCGAGGCAUCCACUUGCAUGCACUGUUUUAAGAGCAAGUUCACAGCAUUAAAUCGAAGGCACCACUGUCGAAAGUGUGGGGGGGUUGUUUGUGGUAACUGUUCCACCAAGAAGUUUCUCCUCCCUGCCCAGUCAUCAAAACCACUGCGAGUGUGUGACAACUGCUAUAAUGUUUUAUCAAGUGGCAAGAUCCAGUCAGAUCAAGAAUCAAGGAAAAGGACUGCUCCAACUCCACCGAGAAAGGCUGAAAAAGGAGGAGAUGAAACAUCAUCAGGAGAGGAAAACUCAGAUGAUGAAGAUGCUCCUCCUGAGAAUCCUGCCUCUGUAGAGUAUCAAGUGCCUACCACGCCUACAUUUUACCAAGGUAACCAGGUACCUUCUAAAGUGGAGGUGGAUGGUGGAUAUGCAGAGCUGGCACAAACUAACUCGAAUGAAGUAUGAUGCUGUUGCAUUAGAGAGCUGAGUUGUCUAUCAAUGGAAAGGAAACGUAUUUUGCUGUGGAAGAAGUUUUUUAAAAAUGGUUAUAUACAGAUAUAUAUAAUUACAUCCAUUUGUAAACCAAAGGAAAGCCAAUCAUUUUUAAAGUUACGUAGAUUACCAACUUUUAUUUUAUCUUUUUACUGGGUGAAUUAGUGUCCUUCAUGAUCAGGGAAAAUCAGGGACAAUUUUCAAGGCACCAUCAAUUCAUGCUAGUGCAGUAUAUCACUGCCCUUCUUGGUUCACCUUAAGGAAGGCAGUCACCAGAUAAAUUAGGCCUCACGAAGAGAUCUUCAUUACAAGAAUGGUAGCAAAGGCUCUCAGAAGUUUUUUUUGUCCUAUAACAGUGAAACCUGUAUUGAGCUGACAGAAACCUUAGUAACCCCCAAUGUUUCCUCCAAGAAACGAUUCAAAACUACUGUGAAAUAAAUGCCUCCAAUAAUCCUUUUCUCCCAAUAUAGGAUUUGUGAGCUGUCCUUUAUGUAUAGCAUUGCUAUAUGUUUACUUUUACAUUUAAUACUGGUAAGAAAAGGGGAUUAUUUAUCAAGAUAGGGCCACUUUAGCCCAGCUACUCUUGGUUUCUGCUUAACCUUCAACCCCUACAAAAGACAUCUAGCAUUUAGUUUCUCCGCACGAUAUGCCUCUUGAAUCAAAAUAAGAGACUAAAGACGCUCAACGAAGGACGCUCUUGAUUGUUAAAUAAAUUUUCCUUGUCAACACCCAACGAUUGAUAGAUAACAGUAUGGAGAAUAUGCAUAUUGAUGUUACGGUGUGGAAGGUUGAGACAGUCUGCAAUUUGAGGGGUGAAUAAUGUACAAUAUGCACAAAGACGUGAAUGGUAAUAAUUCCAAAUUCUGUUAUAAUGAAGCUCACUAAUCAAGAUGAGUAGAGAACAAAUACUGUUUUGAAUGUUUGUUUCCAAAGUAUCACAAUUCAAAUGAUAAAUGUAUUUUUUUAGUCGAAACAGAAGCAAAUUGUCAAAUCAACUAUUUUGUAAUUAUGCACACUCAGAUAAUGAUAAGAAAGAAAUCACCUAAAUGACUUUCCACAAAUGCUACACUCAUUGUAAGUAAUUUUUUUUUUAUCUGCAUAAAUAUAUUUGAUAAUAGAUAUUACGUACUAUGUAUGAUCAAAAAAAGUUAGAAAAGUUUUCAAUUGAUUAUCGAAAGAGAACCUGAAUUGCUUUGGUUUUACGUUACACUGCAGUGUGAUUGGUCCAGAAAACUAACGCCUCCAUAUCAACCAAUCAAAUGCAAAACUUAAACCAAUCCCAACCUUGUUAUGCGCGUUUUCCCGCGCUUGCAGCGGGUUUCCUGUGUUUACUUUGAGUUCCCAUUGGUUAACUGAUCGACGGUUGUAUGUACUUUGAUUUUGAUUUUUUCGACGCUCAAUUGAAAACUGUUUUAAAAGUACAUCGGGAAUCAAGGGUUGUUUGUACGAUGACCUUGAAUGUUACCGUUCCUGUUAAUUUUAAAAAGGCUAUCAAAUAUUACAUGGUACUAAAUGACUUGGCAAUGAUUUUAACUAAUUAUGAAAGUUCACGGAAUUUCAGCGAAGAAUGGGCGUUUUUGCCUGUUUGUACAGCAAUUGGUUAUAUUGAAUCAUCUAGGACACUAAGUGUUGUAAAAUGUUAACGCUAUUUUGUUAAUUCGUGUAGGACUGUUGAGAAAUCACGAAGCCAGUUUUGCAAAUUAAACUGCAACUCAAUAAUAAGCACAA